UUUCUUUCUCCCCUGUAAACUGAUAAAAAUAAUGCGGUUGCUCUCUCUUGCACGAAGGCUCUACAGUGCUCGUCCCAUCGCUUUUAAGCAUAUAAUCGGCUAUCAGCAUCCUUCAUUGUUUUCCGCCCAGCCGGAAAUAAGGUGUCAUUUCUUUGGGGCAUUUCGUCAACCAUCUGUCAGGCACUGUUCUACUAUACCACCCAAGCUCCGUUUCUUUAGCUCCGGCAAUUCCACUAGCUACGAAAUCAUCAACUUCGAUAAGUGUGUGGAUACAUUGCGUGAAAAGUAUCAUGUUGGUGUUAACGAAUUUGUUGGGAUUGUACAAAAGGCCAGUGAUUUUGGUUCUGGAGAUGAAGCCAUUUCGUUUCUUGAUGAAUGUGGGGUUGAACCGAACCAAGAAUUGGUAUUUUUGGUGAUUUGGGAGUUGAGAGAUCAGUGGAAGUUAGCUUAUUUGCUAUUCAAAUGGGGUGAGAAAUGCAAAUGCAUUGGCGAAAAUACAUGGUGUUUGAUGAUAUGGAUUCUGGGCAACCAUAGUAAAUUCAGUACUGCUUGGUCUUUGAUCCGAGAUCUUCUUCAGAUGUCAACAGAUAUUCAAGAAGCUGUCCUCAUCAUGAUUGAUAGAUAUGCUGCUGCCAAUAAUGCUGGUAAAGCUAUACAGACAUUCCAGAUUUUGGAGAAAUUUAGUAUGUCUCCUGAUCAGAGAACAUUAUUGACGCUCUUGAAUAUUCUCUGUAAGCAUGGUUUUAUUGAAGAGGCUGAAGAAUUCAUGCUUAUCAAUAAGAAGCUAUUCCCCUUGGAAAUUGAUGGCUUUAAUAUUAUUCUCAAUGGAUGGUGUAAUAUAGUGGUUGAUAUAUUUGAAGCCAAAAGAGUAUGGCGAGAAAUGUCCAAGUGUUGUAUUGAACCAAAUGGUACUUCAUAUUCCCACAUGAUUUCCUGCUUCUCCAAGGUUAGAAAUUUGUUUGAUUCACUAAGACUUUAUGAUGAAAUGCAGAAACGGGGUUGGGUUCCAGGUCUGGAGGUGUAUAAUUCUUUGGUAUAUGUACUGACUUGUGAGAAUUGUGUGAAGGAAGCUCUUAAGAUUAUUGACAAAGUGAAACAUAUGGGCCUGCGUCCUGAUUCUAGUACAUACAACUUGAUGAUAUGUCCUCUAUGUGAAUCAUCUAAGUUGGAUGAGGCGAGAAGUAUAUUAGCUCUGAUGGAGGAAGACAAUAUUAGUCCAACUAUUGAAACGUACCAUGCAUUUCUUGCAAGUGCUAGUCUAGAAGGAACUGUUGAAGUUCUUAACACUAUGAGAAAAGCUGGAGUUGGUCCAAACGGGGAGACCUUUCUGUUAAUUCUUGAUAGGUUUAUGAAGUUGAAGCAGCCUGAAACUGCAUUGACGAUAUGGCUGGAGAUGAAGCAGUAUGAGGUAGUUCCCGAGUCUGCACAUUAUUCUCUUUUGGUGGGAGGACUUCUUGAGUGCAGGUUAUAUUCCAAGGCUAGAGAGUUAUAUGCAGAGAUGAAAUCCAAUGGAAUUGAUGACCCAGGUCUCCGAAAAUUCUUACAGCCAACUGGCCCAAGAGGACAAGGAGGUGUGUCAAAUCCCGAACAUACUAAAAAGGGGAAACUGGUGAAACAUGGGACACACAAGGUGAUCAGAAAUGAAAAACAUACAAGGUAAUAAAAUGACGGUUAAAGGAUUGUAGCUCAUCCGAGCCUGAAGGAUACCUUCAGGUGUUACACAUAAACCUGUAACAGAUGCUGGAUACAAAGAUUUGUCAUG